AUGGAAUAAAAUAUAAAAAUCUCAUAAGAAGAUUUUAAGACUUAUUUAAAAUGUAUUGGACUUCCGGCUGAUAUCAAUUUAUCAGUUACAGUUGAAACUUUAUAUCUCUUAGCUAAUAAGCAACUUAUGUACACUUUUUAUCAAAAUAUUAAUUUACAUUUGAAGGAGUCAAAACAAAUCUCCCUUUAAUUUACGGAUAUCUUGAAAAGAUUGUGUAUUUAGAAAGUAGGUGGACUAUGCUAUGAACAUGAAUUAUUAUUUUAUUAUAUUCUUCAAUAUUUAGGAUUUAAAGUGGAAUUUAUUAGAAGCUUUGUUUAAGAGGCUGGCUGUCCAUAUGAUCCUGAGUUUCCAAGCACUCAUGCAUUUUUACUUGUUACUAUAGGAGAUGAAAAAUAUAUGACUGAUCCUGGUUUUGGAACAAGAUCGCUAAGAUUUCCAAUAAAAAUUGACUUUUAAAAUCUGAAUGCAUCUUAUGAUUUGUUUCCUUUAGAGUGGUAUAGAUUUACAGAAAACGAGACUCAUUAUUAAUUUUAACAUUUCAUAGGCGACAAAUGGAUGACGUAUUUUCAUUUCUUAAAACCACUCAAAUUCUCAACAAUCGAAGAAAUCCAUCAAGAUUACCAUUACUUAUUUACUUACGAUAAAUUUUCUGGAGUGAGAGAUAAUAGAUUCUAACUUUGCAAAUAUACUGAAGAAGGAAGAAUUUAAUUCUUUUGGUUUAGAAUGGAAAAAGAAUUUACAUCAUUUAAAAAAAUCUUUAAAUUUGAUGAGGUAUCCAAAAUAGAGUAUAAAAGUUAUUAAGACUUAAAAAAUGAUGUUAAAAAGGAAUUGGGUUUUGAUUUACCAGAUUUUUCAGAAAUUAAAUGAAAUAAAAAAUUAAAA